AUGGCUGACCUUUACAGAGAGCUGGCCCCGCAGGUUCUCUAUAUCGACAAGCGAUCUGGCUACAACUCCAGGAAAUGGGCUGAGGCCAUCAAGGUGACGCGUACGGUGUACGUGGGCAACUUGGCGUUUUGCACACGCGAGGAACAGAUCUAUGAGCUCUUCUCCAAGUGUGGCGACAUCAAGCGUGUGAUCAUGG